AUGGAUUCCACUUCGUUUUUCGCUGAGUCAGAAUCAGGGGACAUUUCCCAGACGCGACCCACGCGAAAAGAAAAUUUCACUCGUUCAGGGCCGCCAGUUUCCCUGAUCAACCACCCAGCCACUAGUGCUGUCGGAGGCGAUGAAAGCUCUCGAGAUUCUUCCGUCAUCCGCAAUAGCAAUAGCGGAUUCCCACCAGGACGAGAGAACACCCAUGACUCUCAAAAUUCUCUCAACUCGGCUGCUUCUUUUUCAUCUUCUAUCCUUCAAGAAGAAGCAAAGUUGAGAUGGGACUCGGAGGAAGAACUCAAGAGAGUCUCGAAAAGCCUGCUCUGCUUUCAAAAGUGGAGUCUUAUCCUGGGCUUACUCGCGCUCAAUGGCAUCCUGAUCUUUCUUGCUGUGAGAUUCGACCAGCUGUACUACCUGUUCAUAGUGCUUCUUAGUUCAAACACUAUGCUGCAGGCCUUUAUGAUGCUGGCGAUCAUCAUAGCCACCAUCGGUAGACACUGUCUACCAUGCUGGUUCGGCAGAAAGGAGGUUAUCCCCACUGAGCCCGAGAAGCUGGUCCUUCUGCUGCCUUGCUACAAUGAGACACGCGAGGAGCUGACCCGAUCCCUUGACUCUCUUGUUGAGCAAAAGGAGAUUGACCGUCAUCCCAAGCUGAUUUUCAUCAUCGUCGAUGGCAACGUUCGUGGCCCAGGCAUGGAGAAGACUACUCAGCAGUAUCUUCUCGAGGACAUCCUGGCCCAAGGUCCGUUCCGCCGAUUUGAGAAUGGUUAUCGUGCACGGGACGGCCUCUUCAUGCCGGUCAAGGUCCAACAUGGAUAUUACAAGGGUCUCCCUUAUAUCUUUGUUGGAAAGAGCUACAACCAAGGCAAGCGUGACAGCUUGUGUUUCGCCCGUUCGUUCUUGUAUCACUUCAAGAUGCGGUCCGAAAACAAGUUGACCAUGUUCAACAAGGACCUGUAUGAGUACAUUGGCACCAUCUUCGUUCAGCAUGGCCUCGAUACAGUUGACUACCUCGUUGGCAUGGACGCUGACACCGUCUUUGACCAGUUUUGUAUCAUCGAGAUGCUUCGUGAAAUCCGCUCGAAUGACAAGCUGGUUGGUGUUUGUGGUCACGUCUGCGUCGACUUUGACGGCAAGCCCUUCGACCUUUGGUCGCUCUAUCAGUCUGUCGAAUACUCUCAGACCCAAGGUUUGCGACGCAUGUUCCAGUCUCGCAUCACGGGCAAGGUCAACUGCUUGCCCGGCUGUUGCCAGCUGAUCCGCGUCGAUGAGUCGACCUUUGGUGACGAGGUUCUUCGUGAGCGUUUCGGAUACUGCCCCAAGCCCAAUGACGGCAUGACCUUGCAGAUCCUGGGAAAUUAUUCUGAAGAUAGUAUCCAUGCAUCCAUCAUCUUCAGCUUGUUUCCCAAGAAGCAAACUGCCCAGGCUCUGCGCGCAAAAGCGUUCACCAUCGUUCCGACGAGCUGGAAGGUCUUCUUGUCACAACGCAAGCGUUGGGCUCUAGGUAGUAUCUCGAAUGAGUUCGUCAUGCUGUUCAGGCCGGGCAUCAUCAUUAUAGAGAGGGUGCAAAGCUUCGUGGCCGUCGUCACAUGGGCCAUUACCCCCUUUAUCAUGGCUGCCGUCGUUGAGCUCAUCAGGCUGUUGGUCGUGAAGGGUCACAGGAUAUUCGACAAUCGGGUCUUUAUUGGUCUUCUCGCUGUUUUACUCGCUCGCUAUGCCUACUCGUUCUGUGUUGGCUUCUGGCUUCCCAGAAAUAUGAAGGAACGUGCCCAAUACUUUGCUGGCUACUUCAUCCACUUUGCAUCGUCACCUGUCAUGAACAUCGUCAUUAUGGUCUACUCCCUCUUCAACUCGGAUGAUUUCAAGUGGGGAAAGACGCGACAGGUGAUCCAAGGUGAUGAGGAUGUUGCCGAAAAGGGCGCUGCUAGGAACAGAGCCGCUCAUUGA